AUGGUUACACUAUUUAGAAGAAACUACGUGAUCCUUCUAAUCAUAUCAUCGAUAGUAAGUUUAUUCUUAGGGAUCACAACAACAAGUUCAAAUGAUACCACAACAAGAUCCUUCGCUUUAACGUUAUUGAUUUCUCAACAUGAUAAGCUAACACAUUUUAUCGUGUUUUGUUUGGAAUCAUGGUUAUUCGUUAAGUGCUUCAAGAAGAAGUUGGUGCCCAUACUCAUUCCUAGAAAAUUCAUACACAUACGAAACAUGGAUGAGUUUGAAACGGCCAAUGGAACAUUAGAACUGAAUAGGUCGAACUCUGACGAUGAUACUCUGCCGAUUCUAGGAUUUUUCCUCAGCGAUCAUUUCCAAAUAGUCCACGUGAAGAAAUAUUGGCUGGCUAUAAUAAUAUGCUCUCUUGGGGCAAGUAUAUUGAGUGAGUUUAUGCAAGCAAUUUUGACACGCGGUAAAAGAGUGUUCGACACGAAUGAUAUCAUUACGAAUAUAUUGGGAUCCUUGUUUGGGAUCACCAUAGCUUAUGGGCAAGAACGACAUAUGACAUAA